GUAACCACUCUCCGAUCGGCAGCAAGCCGAAGAAGCGGCGAUGAGGCAGCUGAUCCGGCGGCUCUCCCGCGUGGGCGACUGCGCGUCCUCGUCGUCCCCGGCGAGGCGGCGCGGCGGCGGCGGCGGUGGGAAGAAGGCGUGCGCGGGGAGGACGCCGGAGGGGCACGUGCCGGUGUACGUCGGAGGCGGCGGGGAAGAAGGCGAGGAGGCGGAGCGUUUCGUGGUGCGCGCGGAGCUGCUGGGCGCGCCGGCGCUGGCGGAGCUGCUCGGACGUGCCGCGCAGGAGUACGGGUACCACCACCAGGGCCCGCUCCGCAUCCCCUGCCCCGUCGACGUCUUCCGCCGCGCGCUCGCGUCGGUGGCCGGCGACGACGACGACGAGUAGCUGCUAGUAGCUUAAUUGUUGGGCUCGUGGGCCUGGGCCUGGGCCUAGGAGGUGUAACUAAAUAGCCCGGAAUUUUGAGGAUUGGGCUUUCGAAGAUCUCUUCUCGUCUUCUAUAUUUUCUUGUGUUACCUUUCAACUGCAUGCUUUUGUUUAAUGGACUACUACGAAGGGUUAUGUUUUUUACUCUUUGCUCUUUUUUGCAAAAAAAUAAAAUAAAGUUGACUCUUUGCUCAACCUUAAAUGUAAAUAAAUCUGACCGCUAUCUGCAC